CUCACCUGUGUCCCUCCGUCCCGCAGGAGGAGCUGCAGCACGGACAAGUCCCCGGGCUCGGGCUCCGUGGGCUCCCCCGCGUCCCAGCGCAAGGACAUCGGGCGCUCCGAGUCCCUGCGCGUCGUGUCCCGCGCCCACCGCAUCUUCCGCCCCUCCGACCUCAUCCACGGAGAGGUGCUGGGCAAGGGCUGCUUCGGCCAGGCCAUCAAGGUGACGCAUCGGGAGACGGGCGAGGUGAUGGUGAUGAAGGAGCUGAUCCGCUUUGACGAGGAGACUCAGAGGACCUUCCUCAAAGAGGUGAAGGUGAUGCGCUGCCUGGAGCACCCCAAUGUGCUCAAGUUCAUCGGGGUGCUCUACAAGGAGAAGAGGCUCAACUUCAUCACAGAGUACAUCAAAGGGGGCACCUUGAGGAGCCUCAUCAAGAGCAUGGACAGCCACUACCCCUGGAGCCAGCGGGUCAGCUUCGCCAAGGACAUCGCUGCUGGCAUGGCCUACCUCCACUCCAUGAACAUCAUCCACCGUGACCUCAACUCUCACAACUGCCUCGUGCGGGAGAACAAGAGUGUGGUGGUGGCUGACUUUGGGCUGGCUCGGCUGAUGGUGGACGAGAAGAACCAGCCUGAACAUCUCAAGAACCUGAAGAAACCGGACCGCAAGAAACGCUACACGGUGGUGGGGAACCCCUACUGGAUGGCCCCCGAGAUGAUCAAUGGGAGGAGCUAUGAUGAGAAGGUGGACAUCUUCUCCUUCGGCAUCGUCCUGUGCGAGAUCAUUGGCCGGGUGAGCGCUGACCCCGAUUACCUGCCCCGCACCACCGACUUCGGCCUCAACGUCCGGGGCUUCCUGGAGCGCUACUGCCCCCCUGCCUGCCCCCCCAGCUUCUUCCCCAUCGCCGUCUGCUGCUGCGACCUGGACGCCGAGAAGCGGCCGUCCUUCGCCAAGCUGGAGCAGUGGCUGGAGACGCUGCGCAUGCAUCUGGAGAUCCACCUGCCGCUGAGCUCGCAGCUGGAGCAGCUGGACCGAGCCUUCGGGGAGGCGCACCGGCGGGAGGGGGGCCCGCCCGCGCCCCCGCGG